CAAAGUUCAACGAGCGUCCAAGCCAACGUGUCUGUCUCCCGCGAUCGUCAAUCGUCGAUAACAAUGGUGCGUGGCUGCGUGUUUAUGGGUAUACAUAUGUCAUUGUUUGAGUGAGAGGCGAAUAAGGCCUGCGUUUUUGAUUAAAUUAAAGAACGAGAGUAUUAUUCGCAAUGUCGGACAGUAUUAAAGUGGCCAUCAAAGUCAGGCCGCUCAUCAGGCGAGAGAAGGAGGAGAGUUUGCCAAUUCAAUGGAUCGUUCAAGAAAAUAAUAUUGUGGCCACCGACGUAGAAUUAAGGAAGCGAGGCGACGGUGGAUUCCAAUUUGAUCACAUUUUUGAUACACACGCCAAUAACAACAAUGUGUUUGAUACUAUCGUAAAGCCUAUUGUUGAUGCUGCUGUAAAUGGAUUUAAUGGCACAGUGUUUGCUUACGGACAGACAAGUUCUGGUAAAACGUAUACUAUGAUGGGUACCUCGGAAGAGCCUGGCGUAAUACCUCUGGCUGUAGAACAUAUGUUUGAUGCUAUAGCUAAUACUUCUGGACGUGAAUUUUUAUUGAGAGUAUCCUACUUAGAGAUUUAUAAUGAAAAAGUCAGAGAUCUCUUAAGUAAAAGCUCAGAUUUAGAUUUAAAAAUACACGAAGAUGUAAAUGGUCAAGUUUUUGUGAAAUGCAAAGAAGAAGUCACAAAUUGUCCAGAGAAUGUUCUAUCGUUAAUGCAUAAAGGUAAUAAACACAGAAGAAUAGGCGAAACAAACAUGAAUGAGCGAAGUAGCAGGAGCCAUACAAUAUUCAGGAUUACAAUUGAAAGUCGAGAAGCUGGUGCUGCCUCAGAUGGUGCAAUACAAGUAUCACAAUUAAAUAUGGUAGAUCUUGCUGGUUCGGAGAAAGCACGGCAAACAGGAGCCACUGGAGAACGUUUUAAGGAAGGAUGUCGUAUUAAUUUGUCUCUUUCUACAUUGGCAUUAGUAAUAAAGCAGUUGAGUGAGUCACCAGACUCUCAAAAAUAUAUAAACUUUCGAGAUAGCAAAUUAACGAGGUUGCUUCAAGCAUCUUUGGGCGGCAAUGCAAUGACGGUGAUAAUAUGUGCAGUAACACCAGCUGCUCUAGACGAAACUCAAUGCACAUUAUCAUUUGCAUCUAGAGCUAGAAAUAUCAAAAAUAAACCUGAACUAAAUGAAGUUAUGUCAGAUGGUGUACUUUUGAAACGAUACGCAAAACAAAUAGAUAUAUUACAUGCAGAAUUAGAGAGAGUGAAACAACAAGCUCGAUCAACCGAUUUAGAAGAAAUGGAAUCUAAAAUGCAAGAAAAAGAUCGUAUCAAUCAAAAUUUGGAGGAACGUAUUAGAUUAUUGCAAACUCGGAUAGUUCAUGGUGAUAAUCGCAACAACACUGAAUCAUUCAAGAAUAAAGUAAAAAGGAGACAGACUUGGGGUGGUACUGCCGGAUAUAAAUUGAAUACAUUUCAAACAUGCAGAAAUUUAUCACCAAUUAAAGAAAUGUCACCUUUUAAGUCGCAUAGAAAAUCGACUGAGAUUAUGAAUACAUCAGUCCAAAUAGCACUUGCUGAUUUUGAGCUGGAACUUAUGAAUAAUGAAGAGGAUUGUGAAGAGGAAAUUAUUACUAAUGAAGAGGAAGAAAUGGAAAGUAAUGAUGAAGAUACGUUUCUCAUAUAUCGAAAGCACAAUCAUGUGAAAUUUACAGAUGAUGUAAUUAUCCACAAAUUACCAUCUAUAAAUUAUAAUCAUGACACCUUACUUGAAAAAAUUGAUAAGUCUAUGCAAACUGAAAGUGAUCAGUCCCCUGAUACACAAGAGAAAAUUUUAUUGGAUAGAAUCCAGAAUUUAUCGAAAGAAUUGUCACAGCUUAGAGAAUUUACAACUUUGGAGAAGCAGUUAUGUGUUGAAGAUUAUUUUGAAAUUAAAGGAAAGCUCGUAAAGUUAGAAAAACAAUUGGAAAAUACAAUAUCUGAAAGGGACAGUUACGAACAUAUAGCAUCUGAUCGUCUUAAAAAAUUAACUGCUACUGAAUCGCGUUACGCUUUGGUAGAAGAUAAAUUGAAUGCGCAAGCAGCAGAACUACAAAGGAUACCAGAUUUUGAAAAGAAGAUUGCACAAUUGUCCGCACAAAAAAUAGAGAUGCAAAACGUUUUUACAGCUGAAAAAGACGGAUACGAACAUGUCGCUUCCGAAUUACAAAAGAAGCUUAACGAAGCUGAACAACGCAAUAUUAUGUUAGAAGACAAAUUAGCAAUACAGAAUGUAUCACUUGAACAAUUUUUGUCGCAAAAUGCAGGAAAUGUGCAGCAAAUAGAACUGGAAAAUCAAAUUACUGCUAUUACAUUCCAAAAUAAUGAAUUGCAACACAUGAUAACGGGUCUUCAAAAUAAAUUAACAGAAACAGAGUUAUGCAAGAACUUGAUGAAAGAUCAACUGGACGAGCAGCAGCAAACUUUACAAAAUUUUCAAGAUCAAAAGGAACGCAUCGAUAAUUUUAUGUCUAAAAAUAAUGAAUUUGAACAUACCAUUUGUGAAUUACAAAAUAAAUUGAAAGAAGUGCAAGAAGACAAUAUAUCAAUGCGAAAUAAAUUAAAUGCGCAACAAAUAGAAAUUCAGAAAUUUGAAAAUCAAGAGAAGCAGAUUGAACAUCUUGUUUCUGAAAAUAAUGAAUUUAAACAUACCAUUAGUGAAUUGCAAGAGCAAUUAAUAGAAGCAGAAAUAAGAAAUAAUACAAUAGAAGAUAAUGACCAAAAUACAGAUAUAGAUACAGAUAAAUUACACUUGGAAAAACAAAUUCAGGAUGUUGUAAAAGAAAAAAUGGAAUCUGAACGAAUUAAUGGUGAACUAAGAGACAAAUUGAAAGAAAUAGAAUUAAUAAAUAAUUCAAUAAAAAAUCAACAAGAAAUAUAUGUACAAAAUACAAGCGAUUUACAGAAACAGGUUGAAGAUUUUGCAAAUGAAAAAAAUAAAUUUGAAGGAAUAAUUGUUGAAUUGACAGAAAAUUUGAAAGAAGAGGAAUCAAUAAAUAGUUCAUUAAAACACAAAUUAAAUGAAUAUGAAACAAACAUGUAUGAUCCUGAUAGUACAGAAAAAGAACAUAUUAUUUCUAAAAUGCAAAAAAAAUUGAAAGAAACAGAAUUACAUAAUAACUCAAUGAAAGAGGAAUUAAACAUGCAACGGGUGGAAGCACAAAAAACCAUUGAUGAGCAAAAGAAAUUGAUCGAAGAUCUUAUAAUCAAUAAAAAUGAGCUACAAGAUUUAAUUUACGAGCUGCAACAAAAAUUAAAGAGAAUGGAGUUACAGAAUGAAUUAAUAAAGAAUAGAAUAAAUGAGCAAGAAUUACAAUUACAAAAGAAUCAUGAUCUCGAAAAGGAUAUUGAAUAUCGUGCAUCGGAAACAAAAAAACUCGAGUCUGUGGUACACGAGUUGCAAGAAAAAUUGACCCAUACUGAGUUGUGUAUUUCAACGAAAGAUGAAUCGAAUGAACAAUUUUGUUUAGAAAACAUCCAAGAAUCAGAAGAAGUCGCAAGAUUUACUGAAGAAAGAGAUGAAUAUGAAGAUAUCUCUAUGAAAUUGCACAGAAAAUCGAAUGGAAAAAAAUCAACGUUGGAUCAGAGUAACGAUAAUGAAAUAAAUUAUUUAAAAAGUCACAUAAAUGAUUUACAGGGUAUCCAAGAUAUGCAAAAAGAAAAUACAUACUUUAAAGAAGAAGCCUCAGCAAGAUCGAUAUUGAAUCCCAAAUGUGACUUAAUCAAUGGUGAUUCUUCAAAAAUUAUAGAUUUGUCGAUAUCUUUAAACGAUAGUACUAAAUUAUCUACAGAUUUCUUUUCAAAAACUCCAGAAGAAAAGCAAGAAAUAUCAGAAAUGGUGCAAGGUUUGAAAACGGAUAUACAAAAUUUAGAGAGCACUAUUUCUGUAUUAACAAUGGAAAACAGUGAAUUGACGGAUAAAUUGUCAGAGGAGAAAGAAUAUUCUAAAAAAUCGGCUGCUCAUUUUCAACAAACGAUUGACGAACUUUAUGCGCGAAAUUCAAAGAUAAUAGAUGAAAAUCUCGAAUUAAAAAAUAAUUUAACAAUUCUUAGUGAAGAGAUGAAAACUUUACGUUCGAAGAUACCUGAAGUGAACUCAAGUGAAGAAGAAAUAAUUCUCAAGUAUGAAGAACAAAUCAAUGAAUUGACAGCAAAAAAUGCAGUAUUAUUAUCUAAUGUCACAGAUUCCAAGAAAGACCUUGAAAUAUUUAAAGAAAGUAAGGCACUCUUGUACGAACACGAUUGUAUGCAUAAGGAUAAACUUUGUGAUCUUACAGAGCAAUAUCAAUAUUUGAAAAAUGAGCACAAUCAACUUUCCAUUGAUUUAAUGGAUAAAAUCGAAGAGAAUGAUGGAUUAAAAGAAGAAUGUGAAAUUUUAAAAAAUAAACUAGAAUUAUUAUUGAAACAUGCAGAAAACAGUAAUGAUGCAGAACAAUUGAGAAUGGAAAAUACUUUGUUGAGAAGCGAACAAGUGGAGUUAAAAACUAAUAUACAAAUUUUAACCAAAGAGAACUCACAAAUAUCUAAUCAGUUAGUUGAGACCAUAGAAGAUUUGGAUAAUGUGCGAAAAGUAAAUUCUUGCAAUAAUACCUUCCACUUAUCGACAUUAUUUAAUAACACUUUAACGACGAGUGAUUCAGUGGACAAAUCUACAAAAGAUGGCAAUGCCGAAGCAAUAAUUUCACAUCUACAAGAGGAAGUUGAUCAUGUUACACUUCUUAAUAGAAAGCUCAGCGAUCUUAAAUUGGGCCCUUGUACUCAAUGUGCUUAUCUGCAGGAAAUGAUUGAAAAUAAAAGAGAGCUAAAACUCAGAGAGAAGACUCUCACUCACAAAAUAGAGGAUUUGCAAAGAAAGUUUGAUUGUGUGGUUGCAAAGAGCGAUCCGCUUAUUCUAAAAGCUAAGGAAGAUGUAAAUAUAAGCGUAUGUAAUUCAUCUCUUAAUGGUAGUUUUCUGGAAAUUAUGAAUGUUAGUUGUGUCGAAGAAAGACUUCAAUUCAUAACUAACAAAUUACAAAGUUUGAAGGAAGAACACGAAAAAUUAUCGGACUUGUAUAAAGAAAAAUGUAAUGAAGUCGAAGAGUUACAAAAUAGCAGUGUUAUGAAUUUGUCGCCGAAUAAAAUGCAUAAUGUAAAUACUAGUGUUAAGAAAUCUCCAAACAAAACUUUGAGACUAGAUAAUGUCGAAAAGACAACCAGCAAUUUGCAAAAUGAUCUUGAUAAAUUAAAGGAAGUCACUGAAGGAAUCAAAACAGAUAUGGGUAAAUUUACUGAAAAGGAAAACACUCUACUGGAUGAAAUUAAAUCUUUGAAAAAUACUAAUGAACAGUUAUUGCAAAAGUUGUCAGAAAAUGAACUAUUGUAUUUGGAAAAAACAGAUAUCCUUGAAAAUGAGAUAAAAGAUAUGACCAAAAAAUUACAAGAGUUUUCUGUGAGAUAUAAAGAAAUUGAGCAUGAGAAGCUCAUCGUUGAAACUGAAGUGGAAUUCCUGAAAACAGACAAAGCGGCGAAAGAAGAAACAAUAAACGAGUUAUGUCAAAAGCUUUCAGAUUUACAACACGAGCUGGAUUUGACAAAAAGAGAAAAAGAACAGCUUAAUCUUUUGGAGCAGGAAUAUGAGAAGAAACUGGAAUCAUUGAGAUCGAUGAACGAGGAGUUGACCAAUUCUAAAGAAACUAUUUCACAAGAAUUCGCCAGUUAUUCUAAGGAAUCGGAAAAUAGAUUUACAGAGCUAAACGAAAAGGUAAACAAGUAUACUGCUGAAAACGAUUAUUUAAAACAAGAGUUAAUUAAGCUACGUGACAUAGAAAAUGAGUUUGAGACGAUGAGAAACGAGUAUCAAUACAAAUCUCAACAAGAUAAAACGUUGGCCGAUGAUAACAAGAAGCUCAAGAAUGUAUUAAACAACACUUCCAAGAAUAUCAUUAGUGAGAUCAAGUCUCUAAAACCGAAAGUUAGUGCUGAGGAAUUCCAAGAUAAAUCUGUGGAUGAGCUGUUUCAGAUAUUUUUACACACAAUCUUGGUGAAGGAGCAGGAGAUAGUGAAGAGUAUGGCAGAUAACUUUAAUAGGGAGAAGCAGAAACUUGAGGAUGACAAACGACAGAGCGUGGAUGCGGAAAAACGUACGACAUUAUGGGCGAAAGAAUUGGAGAGCGAGAUAGACAAACUUCAAGCUGAUCUGUCCCAACGAGAAGCUGCGUCCAACGGAUUGCAAAAGGAAGUUUGGCGUUUGGAGAAGCUUUUACAAGAAAAUAAUCGCGACCAAGAUACGUUGAGAGAAAAGAUCAGUCUGCUCGAGAUGGAUCUCAAUAAUAUGCAAAUCGAGUACAACAAGUGCGCCAAGUUGGAUACAGUGAGUGAAGAAGCCAUCAAUAUCGCUCAAAAACGGGAGAGACAGGCGCAGGAAGCCAUCAGGAAUAAGGAAGCCGAAUUUCAGAUGAAGAUGAAAUCGGAAAAAGAAGCCUAUAAUAAACGAAUAGAAGAUCUCGCGUGUACGAUAGAAGCAUUUAAAUCGAAAAAUAUGGACUUGACGGGUACCAUCGAAGGUCUCGAAGCUAAUAAGGUGCACUUGCAGAACAUUAUCGGUUUGAAGAACAACGAAUUAAUGAAACUCAAUCAAAUUAUGGAGAUGAAGAAGAUAGAAUUGGCGCAGCUUGUGGAAGGCUACCAAGAUCUGAAUUGUGAAUUUGAAAAGAGAAACUUGCGUAUCGAGGAAAUUACAGAACUUUUGAAAACUAAAUGCGACGAUCUUACGGAAUAUAAAGCUAAACUGGAUACGAUUAUGUCGGAGAAUACAUUCCUGAAGCAGCAAAUCGGCGAACGGAAAACCAGUAUAGAACAAUAUAAGCUGGACAUAGAGAAAUUGAAGACUGACAACAAGAAAGAGAUCGACGCGAUUAAAGAUGAAUUAAAUUUCGAAGAAUUGAAGAACAUCGAAUUGAGAAAACAAAUGGACGCAUUAAAUAAUACAAAUACUGCUUUGACGGAAGACAUGAAUACCUUGAGGGACAAUUACGCGACGUUACAACAUAAAUGUAUUACAUUAGAGAAAAGAAUCAGAAAUAGCACGAGUAGAAUUCUAGCGGAGGAACAAAUGGAAGAAUUGAAGGACUUGAAUAGAUCUUUGCGAAAUAAUUUGGACGGUGCUAGUAAUCGGAUAACGGAGCUGCAAGAUGCCAAAGCUGAAUUGACGAAGCAAUUGAUUACUUUAAACAGUCAAUAUGAUGCUGCGUGUAAGGAGAAUGAAGAAUUAAAGGAGAUGUUGUCAUCGUAUAGGUCUAAAUAUGACACGCACGCAUUUUGCGAAAAGUAUGACGCUUUGUUGCAGGAGAAGAACAAAAUUGCUCUGGAAUUAGAAGCGAUAAAAGUUGAAUUGGAUCAAAAGAGUAAAGAUAUCGAGAAUUACGUUAGCGAGGUGAAAGGAUUGAAGGAAAAAAAUGCGGAACUCGACCAAGAAUCGGAAGAGUUGGCCCAAGUUAUUUGUCAGCACGAUGCUGAGAACGCGAAAAUCGAAGAUCAACUCUGGGCGUGUCGCAUCGAGAAUGAUGAGUUACGAGACAAGAUCAAGGGUUUCGAGAAUCAAAUUCAGGAUCCUCAGGACAUAGAGAAAGCUAAAUCUCGCAAUGAUGACUGUAGUUGUACCGAGUUGAAAAAUAAGAUACGUGAAUUGCAAAUGGAAAUUAUAUCGAAAAACGGAAAAAUCGCGACACUGGAGCUGCAAAUACGAAAUGGAAGUUUCCCCUAUCAGACCAAGUGUACAGAAUUGCAGGAACAUCUGUCGGCGUACAAAAAUAAGACUAGCGAACUUAGAGCAGAAAUUAAGCGACUUCAGACCGCCAUGAUACGUACAAGCGCAAGAGAAUGCCAUGUAUGCAAACAGAGACUUCUAAAUAAAAGAGAUCAGAUAUGCCAGACAACAUCGAAUAAUAUAUUGCGAUUUUGCGGUACGAGCAGUGGUAUAAUCGAAGAUGAAAUAAGAAUAACGAAAUUGGAAAAGGAAAAACAGUUUAUGAAGGAUGUGUGUCGUUCUCGAUCGAAAACCAUAAAAGAGCUUGAAAAACAAGUAGAGGAGUAUGAAAAAUUGUUGCGCUUCAAAAAGAGCUAUGAAAAAAAUCCUUAACUCCAACAAUAUGAAUAAACUACACAACUCGAACAAAUGCUAUAUAUUAUUGCCAUAUAUCGUAUUUGAUGAAAUCUCUCAUGGAAAUAGUAUUAUUAAAAUCUAUUAGAAAUAGCAUGUUAUGUAGUUUAUUCAUAUCAUUUUAUGCACACGUAAACAAUAAUUAGAAUUUGAAGUUUGUAACAUAAGAUAGUUUUUAAAGGCGCAUAGAAUGUAAAUAUAUCUUGUUAAUAUUCGACUAUAAUGAUAUAUUUUUGUAAUACGGAUA